CGCAGGCACGUCCAUAACGUUCACUGCACCUUCUGCUACCUACAGCCCCUAAGGUCAGGCUGAGUUUGCAACCCGUCCAAUACCAUGAGCAACUCAUAUCGAAGCCGUAUUAGCUGGUAGCAGGGAAAUUUCUUCUUUUUCUUCAUCCCUUCUAUACUUUUGAGCUUCCUUCAGUCCCGUUUUCAUCAACAAUUCUCGCUGUCUCGCUCGCUCGUUAGGACCCACCGUUCCCGUUCACGAAAGGUUGCAAGCCCAUCGACACUUGCUCGCCUUUAACGACUCCGUACUUGUGACGACCUCUUACUCCUUUCCUAGGCCGCGACAUAACAAAGGCUACCUUAAAUCGACAGAAUUAGCUUGCGCUCUACAUCUCUUUGUUGUGUUCUUAAUCAUUAAUUCGUUUCACGACGCUGAUACCCACUACGACUGCCCAGCUACUGACCCACGGCUGCUUUGUUUUCUUUCGAUCUGGCUGGUCCCCGCCACUCACGCGAACGGCUUAGCACGAGAAUAAACAACUAUUUGGUCAAGAAGACCAUUGUUGGUCGCCGACUGACGGGUCUAUUCCCACCGAAUCAUUUUAUUUCGAUCUUGUCCAUCGUUUGUCUCAUGGCCAGAACACGUCGUUAGGCAACUCCGUCAGCGCCAUCACCGUCCGAACCCCCGAACAUCCUUCUCAAGCCUCAUCACUGGACAGCAACAUUUAGUAUGGCGCCCACUCCGACGGUCGCCAGUGGCCUUUUAAGACAAGUGAUAUACUAUCAUCUCGAUAAUGCCUCCUACCACAACGGUCUAUUCUUCGCCGAACGCUUGCUGGCGCAGGAUCCUAGGUCUAGCGAGUCUACAUACCUCUAUGCCCUAUGCCACUUGCGACUAGGCGACUUUCGCUCAGCCUACGACGUUGGCAAACCUAUAGGAUACCGUGGUGUUCAUCUGGGAUGUGCUUGGGUUUUUGCUCAAGCAUGCUUGGCUCUCGAGCGAUACAAGGAUGGCAUCUCCGCCUUGGAGAAAGCCCGAAGUCUCUGGGCAUCGAAAUGCAGCUUAGGGAAGCAUAGCGCAACCACUAGAACCGCUCUUCCUGAUGCGCCUGCAGUUCUUUGUCUUCUUGGACGACUCCAUCGCGCAUAUGACGACAAGAAGAAGGCCGUCGCCUGUUUCGAAGAGGCUCUUCAGCUGAAUCCUUUCAUGUGGGAUGCUUUCGCAGCGCUCUGCGACCUUGGUGUCACCGUCCGUGUACCCAACGUUUUCAAACCCAGCGAUACGCUAGUACAUAGCUUCGAUGCGGAAACAAGCCCUUUAAUAUCAAGAGAAGGACCUGUACCAAUCAUUCCAGAUAUUCCCAUGAAGAAGUCCCAACGGAAUGCUACAAUGGAUGUUGCAAGCGAUCCCUUCAGCUCCAGUCAUUCCCCAACCAUCCAUGAGCUUACUAACGGCGACUCUGGCCAGGAAAUGGAUAAGAGCGAAUUCAUGCAGAAGAUCCAAGAGGGACGCAUGCGCUAUGCGACAUCGACUAACAGCAGCUCUGGUUUCGACGGCAUGGAGACACCUCCAGGUACGAUGUCUUCGGUUACGACAUCAUCUCGCAUUGGCCAUUCCCAUGAGCCUCCUCAGGCUCCACCUCGAAGGACGCGGCAUGCCCAAGCUAUCGACCAGGCGCAGGAGGCACCCCCACGAAUGAAUUAUCGCAUUGGAUCUCGACGCACAAGGGCGCAAGACAAGGGGCACCAAGAACAAUCUACAGAAAAUGUGAUGACUGAUGCGUCUAACGCCGCACCCUCAGCAUCGUUGCGAUCGUCUAUACCAGCGGCGGAAAGAAAACGGACUGUAUCGGGACACCCGGCACAGCGAACGACAAACUCAGAAGAGCCAGCGACAACUCGACGUAGUGCAAGGCUCAACAUGUUUAGACCGUCGUCCAAAGCAAACUCAGGCGCGGCCGGGAUGGGAACUUCGGCCGUCAGGGAGCUGAAGAAGGCUAGGCCCCCAAUUUCUCGAAUCGUUCGACCUGGAUCAAGUGGCUCUAGUGUUGGCCGCGUGGUUAGUGGUAAUCGCAAACCUCUCGAAGAGGCACAAGCCGAUAUAGACCACAGCGAGCUACCGAAAGCCAAGGAGAUCCCCCCUCCACCGCCGGUGCACAAGACAUCGGAGCUUGAUGCUCAAAAGCUCGAAGAAGGACUUAGAUGGCUGCUCGAUCUUGUCAAGAAGCUAGCAAACGGAUACUACUCAUUAUCCCAGUUCCAAUGCACCGAGAGCCUUCAGCAUUUUCAAUCGCUUCCAAUGUCUCACCAAAACACACCGUGGGUUUUGGCACAGAUGGGUCGAGCUCACUUUGAGCAGGCUUCAUAUGCCGAGUCAGAGAAGUUCUUCAGGAAGAUGCGUGUGCAAGCACCUUCACGACUCGAGGAUAUGGAGGUAUACUCUACAGUUCUCUGGCAUCUAAGACGGGAGACGGACCUUUCUUUUCUCGCACAUGAGUUGGUUGAUUCUGCAUGGCUUUCGCCGCAGGCUUGGUGUGCGUUAGGCAAUGCUUGGUCAUUGGCACGCGACCAUGAACAAGCACUCAAGUGUUUCAAGCGAGCCACUCAACUAGAUCCCAAAUUCGCAUAUGCUUUCACCUUGCAAGGACACGAGCAUGUUACCAACGAAGAAUAUGAUAAGGCACUCACGGCAUAUCGUCAAGCAAUAUCAGCCGACCGACGCCAUUACAAUGCCUACUAUGGCAUAGGAAGGGUCCAGGAACGUCUCGGCGCUUACGAUAAGGCGUACACGCACUUCCAUGCAGCCCAAAGCAUCAACCCCAACAAUGCAGUGCUGAUAACUUGCAUUGGAACAGUGCUAGAGAAGCAGAAGCAAAUAAUGCCUGCUCUGCAAGCUUAUAGCAAAGCAGUUGACCUCGCACCUCGUGCAGCCCAAACUCGAUACAAGAAGGCCAGAGCACUGCUUGCUGUUGGUCAAUUAGAUGCGGCACAAAAGGAGCUGAUGAUACUUAAGGAUCUGGCGCCAGAUGAGGCGACAGUUCACUUCCUCCUCGGCAAACUGUAUAGAAGCAUGGGCGAAAAGCAGCUCUCAGUGCGUCACUUUACUAUUGCCCUUGCCCUGGAUCCCAAGGCAAGCCAACAGAUCAAAGAAGCAAUUGAGAGUUUCGAGGACGACGUGGAGAUGGACGACUCGAUGAUGUGAUGAUUGUAAUGAACAUUGCGAUUUUAACGAGUCUGCACUUGCGUUUGGUAGCCUUGGUUUUGGGACGAUCGGCAUAAUGAAGUAUAUGGGAUGUGGUGGCACUGAUUCGUAUUGCGAGGGUCGAAUAUAUGGGAUGAGGACCGGCGGUCGGCGCUACUGUUGACUUUGUUACGAGAGCAUGGGCAUGGCAUCGGCGUUUUCUGGUAUGAAUAGGCUUCUUAAGCGGCCUGACUCGCGCGUGCUGUGCAAAUGGAAAAAGCGACUUUGCUUUGUGUAUAUGUAGCAUGAGCAGCAUACAUCCACGCGUUGAGAUACCUGUACAUUACGGGAAUAGGCAUUCAGAGAUGCGGCGAGUUGAUGGAUAGAUACCCUGAUAAUCAGAGUCAAAAAGUUGAGCCCAUUGUUGUUGCGAAUUCACAUUUCGGUAGACUUGCUGUGCCGCGAUGAGGCUAUUCAGGUAGGUUGGUAAAACAACCUUCCUACUAACUUGAUGCAACAAGAGCUUCACGCAAUCUCCCUACGCAAAAUUGCAUCUCAGUCCAUAUUGCUAUAAUAGAUGUAUCUGCAUGCAGGUAAGGCAAACAGGUUGAUCCCCGAAGUGUUCCAAUAAUACGCCAUUUGAGCAGUUUUAAGAAAAAGAGUCGACGUGACUCGAGCUCUUUUUUAGAUUAACUACCUCAGAACAGCAGCACAGUGGCGCAACUCAAUGCACG